AUGGCCCCGCCGCCUCAAAUCUACUCCCAGACACCAACUUUUAACUGGCACAACGCCGACACGCCCAUCAAGAUCGAGAAUGAGCCCGUCAUAAAGGACGACAUCUUGGAACGCUGCAUCGAGGAUCGCUGUCUCCGCGCACCCUUUGUCGGCCAAGUCGAGGGCCAUUCUCUUGGGUUGCAAGACGAUGACGGCGAGUCUAGCCCUUGCUUUUCGAGUCAGUACCUACCAAGAGAGGUGUUCGAGACCUCCUCGUUCGCGACGCUGCUUUCGAAUCCUCCACUGUACUCUGAGGAGCAGCAAGACGCCGGUUUCGGUAAUCAAAAUACCCCAAUGGACGCCUCCCAGCCUACUCGCCAAGGCCUCCAUGCUUUGGAGAUGUAUGACGAUAGCGAUGUGGCCAGCACAACAGCGUUCCGGCCUCGGACUCGUCGAUCCACGCCAAGGUCUGCUCUGCGUCCGGCAACAAGAUCCUCGUCCAGACUCCAGAACUUGCGCAACCAAGGUCUCGGUCACCAAAACGACUACGAAGAUGAUCAGCAGCGUGACUACCGAGAGUCAAGUGUGGCCUCGACAGUUAUGCGUCGUUUCUCUGAUUUGUCGUUGAUGUCUGCUGCUUCAUCUCCUUCGAUCCAAACCUCGUCAGCGCCGUUUUCUACUCCUGCAGCAGCCCCCACUACAAUUGCUGCCACGGCAUCGUUCUCUGCCACGUCUGCCAUCUACUUUCCACCAACCGCCUCUGCGCUGCACCAGAAGCGCCGCAAGGUCCUGAAGCAAGAGCUCCGAGUACCCCGUCCCAAAAACUGUUUCAUGCUGUACCGAUCCAAAGUCUUGCCUAUGAUCAUGGCCGAGCUCGGAAACAUCAACAACAAGAUCAUCUCCAAGAUUGCAGCUGAGAGGUGGCGUGCAGAGUCUGAGCUCGUCAAGACUUGGUACCGCGACAUGGCCAAAUUUGGCAAGGAUGAGCACGCGAGAAACAAUCCCGGAUACAAGUAUGCGCCCUUGAACAAGAUGCGGUCGAUGGCCGUUACUGCUCUCAGCCACCUCACCCAGUCUCAGCAUUCGAGCAACAUGGUCACUAGCACUGCCGCUCGCGAAUUCGAGGAUGUGGAUGUGAAUGACAACAACAGUGGUGGUGAUAAAGGCUAUGUCGAUGGAUCUUCGCGCAUCAGACGACGGUCGGCCCGUCAGCGCCAGCAGCCGGCCACCCGGUCCGGUCUCCGGUCUCAGGUCGGCAAGCGACGCAACUCCAAUCUUGGUUCAGAGAUCUCCUCGCCCUCCCGGAACAAGAAACCGAGGGACAGUAUCGACAACCAUAUCGGUUACUCUCCCAUGAACUUUCCGACGGAUUCGUUCCCAAGCCUCGCUUCCACAGAGACGACUGGGCUCCCUUUGUUUGCGCAGCAGUAUCAGCAUCAGGAGUCAGCCUACCAGCCUCAUCCUCUCGCUGGCCCUUCCCGUCCACUGCCGGUUUUCCCAUAUGAUGCCCCACCAUAUACCACUACUUCAGCCAUGACGUCGUCGAUCUACGGCCUUGCUGGUGACAAGAACGCGAGUGAAGUCACUUUGGUGGAUCCGAUCGACCACUGGACGAACCACCAGUACCACGAAGCCCCCAGCUACUUUGAUCAGGUCAACCUGUCUCCCGCAUCAACAACCUUGCUGUCUUCACACUCGGUUGUCCAAAAGUCAAAGAUGACCGCUGCUGCUUCUCUGAUGUCACCGUCCAAGUUGAUGAUGAUCGACCCCAAGAUCCUGAUGGAGAAGGAGCUCCCACCCCUGCCUCACGAGAUGGCAACUCACAACAACGACAAUAAUUUAUACGCCACCAAUAAGUCGUCGCACCCAUUUGACCACAACUACAGCGAUCCAAACUCGAUUUUGACGCAAAUGUUCCUGGAUUACAACCCGUCUUUCCAACAGAACGCCCAGCACCACCACCACCAACAACAUCAUCAUCGUCAGCACUAUCAGCAACAGCAACAUCAACACCAACCCAGCGCAACCAGCAUCUGUAGUGCUACCGCCGCCACCUUCAGACCUACCGAGUCGUCCUUUUUUGCCAUGAAGGAGCCACAGGUCUCGACUGUCGGUGUCGAAAUGAUGAACAUGGGCGCCCCCUCCUCAAUUCGUGUCCAGAAGCAAGAGCAUAUUCAAGUCCAACAACAACAACAGCAACAACAACAACAACAACAACAACAACAACAGCAGCAACAACAACAGCAACAACAGCAGCAACAACAGCAACAACAGCAACAACAAGAAGAAGAACAACAACAACAACUACAACAACAACAACUACAACAACAACGUCAGCACACCCAUGAACAGAAUCCGUUCCAACAGGCGUUCCAACAGGCGUUCCAACAACAUACCCAGCACCAGCAACAGCAACAUGCGGUUCAUAAACAUGCCCAACAGCAGCAGCAACAACAGUUCCAACAAUUCAUACAGCAGCAACAUCAGCUACAGCGCGGAUGGUUUCUUCGCAAGCCGACCGGUCCUGCGGGACUCGUGUCGCUGACGAGUGUUUCUGCUCAAGGACCAUCCAUGCGUGUCGCCGACUUUUUCUCUUCAUCCUCCUUGUUCAAAUAA